GUCGAGCAGGUCAAGACCCUCAAGGAGAUGGCACUGGGUAACUGCAGGCUUCUGUAUGGCAGCGAACGCUUCAAGUUCUACGACAUCGCUGUUGCCGAAGACGAGGACAACGGCGCUUUCGCAGCCAUUCUCACUUGCAGUCAGGAUGGGUCGAUCAAGCUCUUACGUAAGGAGGUCAACGACUGCCCCGUCAAGGCUGUGCGCGCCCUGGUCGAUCGCCUCCAGAAGGACACGGCUCUCCUCUUCAUAAAGUACGACGUCGGAUCCCAGAUCAAGGGCCAGCAAGGGGUUACGAACAAAAAGACCCAAAAGUUCGAAUUGGUCGCGUUCGCGCAAGAUGAAAGGGCCGAGGGCGCAGAUGACGAUACGGUGGGUCUGCGUUAUCAUGACCCUCCAAGGGGCCCUAGGCUGGAC